AUGCGAUACAUUUUCAUACUUCGGUGUAUCGCCUACCCAUUUACAGUGGUUCUCCCACAGGAUCCGGUACGACGGUACUUGAAAAUCACUCGAGAAUAUCUAGGCGUUCUUCGGGAGAGAUUUCAAGCCUUUCUUAGCAAAGACUUACAAGUAGUAUGCGAUGAAGCAUUUUUCAACGCAGUGCAACACUUUGACGAAAUCUGCCUAAGAAAUGACUUCGUCGAGCGCGCAGUAACCUCUGGUGGUCUUUCAAUGAACGACAUCCGGGAAAUUUUUAUCAAGAGCAUUGAACGGAGGUUACAGCGAUUUGAAGAGAUUGACGGACUCCCUAAGCAAACCGUGAUUGCAGCCUGGAAGGUGAAAUUCGAUCAGAUAUGCCGUGGAGGGGAAGGUCCAUGUCCCAUUUCCAGUCGUCUUGGCUCGCCUCAACUUGAGUUAACCAACCCGACCAAAGAACAACUCUACGACUUAUUUAUGCGAAUCCUUUUUAUUAAAAAGUACGAACAUCAGAUUCUCUACAAUGCUUGUCAACUUGAUAAUAUCGACGAACAAGCAGCUCAGGUCCGGCGAGAGUUAGCAGACCUGAAAAGCUUUUUGGAGGAAAUGGCCAGUAACCGGCACUACCCCAAGAUGGUACACAAGGAAAUGGAGCUGCAGUACGUGGAGGAGCAGCUCAAUAAUGUGAACCAUUUGAUGCUGCAGUUGGACACAGUGCCCGUUGGCAAGUCGCAUGGCUACACAGCUGGACCAGGAUCGGCUGUUGGUGUGGUAGUUCAGUUGCAACGUAGGCUCAAGAAGUAUUCUGGACACCCCCAAACACCACAGAACCCACCUGCUCUUCCUAUUCACGGCGUUGGCACGAACGGAGGCCACGAAGGACGAAGGACCGGACUAACUGCUGUUGCCCCCUGCAGGAACACGUCGAUUGUCGGCUGGACAGCUGAAGAGAACCAGCCCCAACAGCAACAACAACAAGUGACGGACGGAGCGAAUAUUCAACUUCUUUCGUCAAUUAACCAUGUGGGUGGGAACAUCUCUAAGAUGUCCAUACAACUAUCCUUUACACUUGAAAUUCUGAUCUGCCAACUGCGACCCUUGAGACAUCUCUCUGGAACCAAACAACUUUUCUGCACCAUCGAAGUAGACGGAUGUCCUGAGCGGCAACGAACUGCCUCUGUCAAGGCCGCUAAACCAAUAUGGGAUACCCUUGCGGAAUUUGAAACUUCUCAUCCCCUUCCAUACGUAAAGAUCAAACUUAUGAAGGAGAGUACCGGUGCACUCUCGUUGGAUCACAAGGAGCUUGGCCGCAUUAUUCUUCUCCCAAAUCCGUGCAUCUCUCGACUCCCAAUGUGGUACAAACUGCAGCCGACCAAACGCUGCGACGACAGCAUUGAAUUGCAGGUUGCCAUAAAGCAGGAACGACCGUCCAAUCUAAAAUACUGCGGUUUUUGUUGGGUUCAAGGCCGGGCAACGUUCAAAAAGUGGAAGAUUCGCUACAUCUGCCUUAUACAGGUGUCCCAGUACACAUUCAUAAUGGCCGCCUUUAAGGAAGCUAAAAGUGUCGCCUACGAAAGCAUGGUCCUAGACGGUUACACUGUAGACUACUGCGAGACGAAUCAAGAGUUAGUUGCCGUGGCCAAGGCGGAGUUGGCCAUCGAGACGGGCGGCCUCCUCUCCUCAUCAAUGCCCACUCUGAACCGACUCAAGGGGUUCGGCGGAAGUUCGGUUGGCAUCGGUGGCGUGUCUAUCUUGAAGAAUCCUUCGGCAGUCAUGGUGCCUUCUUCCCGCGAGGCUUCGUUGGCCGUCCCUCCUCUGGGUGUGGGGGCUGGACUCGGGGCGAGCGGUCCCGCAGGUGGGCUGACUUGCAGUCACCGUCUCCCUCGGUUUUUCUUCAACCUCGUGCGCGAGGGCGACUCACUAACUUUUGCUGUCUUUGAGGAAUCCGAUCUUCAUGGGUGGGUGCAGGCCAUCCAUCGAGCAACCGGACAAUCCCACAAACCUGUUCCGAACACCUGUGUCACCUCAAAGACUCACUUCAGAAAAGGGGAUCGCGAUCGAGCUCAGCACCUCGGCAUUAGCGAACUGGUUUCGGUCAAGCCGCACGAAGUGGAUCAUCUGCCGCUGCUGAAGGAACUCCUCGUCCGGAUGCUGGAAUAUCGCCUGAAGGACCCAUUUGUCUCUCUAGGUUGGCUUAGCCCUGCACAAAAUCUCGUUUUUGAUGAGUAUUGCAAUCGAUACGGUAUUCGGGAGUGUCAGCGCUACCUCAUCUUCCUCCAUGAACUACUCAACUUCGGGGAACAGGAUCAGAUGAUCGAUAUCGAUCUCAUCUUCUACUCGUACACCCUUUGUGCUGACCAUGUGCAUGGCCAAACCCAAGAAAAGGGAAUCAACACGGUGCUCAACGCAGAAAUGGAUGAGUUUCAGAGCGUCCGGUCAAGGCUGCUGGCAUUCCUGGAAAAACGACUAACACGUUUUCGUUUUUACUUCCCUUUUAAUCGACCCGACGGGGGGCUGGAGAAGUUGCUCUCACUUUUAGAUCGGGUUAUCACCCAAUCAAAUGAGGGAAAUGCGUCAACAGAGGCGGUUAGGACGAUGGUUCGUGUGUGCCUUCGAAAUGCGGCUGUAUUAAAUUACGAGAAAAUUUCUGACUUUGCACAACAAGAAGCCAAGAAAGACGAAGAAUCAACUAACGGUGGCGGCUUGCAGAUUCCUGCGACGCGCCUGAAUAACCUUCUUCGACUUGCAGAGAUUUGUGUAGACACUUUAAAACAAAAUGAAGAUUACUUCGCUAAGUCAUUUGUCUGGUUUGGUGACUUGUUCGUCGAACAUUCGGAAAACUUCCUCUCCCUCUUCCAAAUGGACAUGUCGGAUGUCCUCGACAACUUACCUUCGGACGACUGGGGUGUAUUUCAAAUCUUCCAGUUUCUCAAUAGCUGUCUCCUCAAUUCCGAAACCCUUGUCAACGGGCCAUUUCACACUGCUUUGUUGGAUCGUUUUGCGCCCAUCGUAGAAAAUUAUCUUAAUCUUAUGGAAACCUCCAUCACAAAUUCCUUGAUCGCGGGAAUCGAGAAGGAGAAAUGGAUCCCACUAUCUGAGGAAUGGAACCAAAACGUUGACUCAACCGACAAUGCUCUUGGUUCAUCCAUCAGUUCCCAAGGCCACAUGGACACAGACACGGGGAGCAAUCGUUCACUAAACAUGAGAAAAUUCUACCAAAACAUGGGUGGUGGGGCCAGCAAAGGCCAUACCACUUCUGCCACCUCCAAUGAAGGGCUUUUUCAAGCCCCCACUAGACAGGUUCGUCGUCCGAAGACCUCCACUGUCGGACCCACCAGUGCAUUCCUCGACGUCCUCUCCCGCAGCAGUCCACUGGCUUUUGUCUCCCGCGUCAUGAACCACAACACCCCGGAUCGAAUGUCACUUGCCAGGCCGGGCCGUCACUCUGCUGUGUCAGUUUCCAGCACACCAAUGGUGCUGUCUAACACACACGGCGAAAUGCCAGACAACAGCGAACAGCCCGAACAGGUUGACCUAUCCGUGGAGUUGAGUUGCGCCCGGUGCUGUCACACUGUUGGAAUUCUGGUGUUUAGGCUGUACGCCCUGAAGGACUUUAUCGCUGAGCUUGGAUGGCCAGAACGCACCAAAGCUGCGAGCUGGAUUGAAGCAACGAGAACAAUGUGUUCAAAUCUCCUUCGGGAGGCUGCGAAAAGAAUUCUGGUUGAGCUAGACUCACACCUUCGUCAGUCGAACAAGUCAACCGAAUUUGUUGUGCCUCUGGAGUGUUUUACAAUGAUCAACACCAUCACUGCUAUUAGAAUGCAGCUCUUCCCUCUUUGUAAUCAGCACGAAUCGCCUGUUACAGGUGAUGUUCAGCAAGGCAGUAAAUCGGACAGUCCUGCCGACCUCUCCAUUUCACAGCCGACAUCCGCACGUAUGUACACAGAGACAGAGGCUUUUUUGGAGGGCAUCCAUCGACAAAUGAGCGUGAUUCUUACAGACCACCUUUCUUUUGUCCUGAACACCGUCCUCAACAGACUCGCAAGAUACGACGAGGGAAAUCUGAUUUCCUCCAUUCUCACGCUUACGAAACCCGUGGAUGAAGACGGUCGAAGUUAUACUCAUUUUACCAGUGCCAACCUUCAAAUUCUGUGUCAAAAUCUAGUUGACGAUGUCUAUCUCCUUUCAAUCUUCGAGAAAGUGUUUUCCGACUUUGAACUACAGGGUGUUGCUACACACGUCCUCGAAAAUACGACUUACAGAAGCAUUUGUCACCGACUCCAAGUUGAAGAGGCGACUCUUUCUGUUUCUUCAAACACACGAGAUGACUCGCCCUCGUCGACACAAUCACCUGUACCAGACGGCCGCCAAAAUUUUAUGCGAGCAUUGGGUGGCGGUCUGAGCACUCUCGCUCAGGGUGCGGGCCUUCGGCCGCGUCAGUUGUAA